CCCGUUCUGUUUUUUUUCCAGAUUUUUACAAAUGCAGAUAUUAAUAUAAUUUUUGUAAUUUUAAAAUUUUAAAAGAGCAGUGUUCGCAGGUCUGCCUCACUCUCACAUUUUUGCGAAACGGAUCGAGAUUUUAAAACCACACCUCUGCAUUCCAAUUGGCUUCCUCUAAUUGUUUGAGAUUUUGCAUAGAUCUAAAAUUUUUUGUUAUCCCUAUAACUAACCUAAUCUUUUGAUUGAUGAUGCCAAAAAUAGAAACAUGUCUCAAAUACAUACUAUAAACCAUGUGACUUGGUCAACGCAAGAAAUCCCCUAAACCUAUAUCAUCUCCAAAAUUAUCGUAUCCAACCCAAAUUAUUUCCAUGCAACCUCUAUUCUUAGAAUCCAACUUCAAUUUGUGGCAAAACACCAUCAUCACCUCUCUCUCCACAUUACCAACAUCCCAAAAAACACAAAAACAUAAACAAAACACACCAACAUGACACACCACUCGUUCUCUUUCGCCACCACCAAAAACCAAAAACAACAAAAACAUCAAAAUAACAGAAAAAACAUUAACCUCUCCGACCAACAACUGUCUCCUAUAAUAACACUCGGCAGCUGGCAAUACAACAAAUGGCCGCUGCUGUCAACCACCACCACCACCACCUCCUCCUCCUCCUUUUCUCUCUCUCCUUACUUUCUCUCUCCACCGCACAACUACCACCCUCAGAAACUCAAUCCCUCCUCAAACUAAAACAAUCCUUCACAAACUCCGACAAAAACUUAGCCUCAUGGAUCCCAAACGUCUCUCCAUGUUCCGGCACAUGGUCUGGUGUUAUCUGCUUCAACAAUGUGAUCACCGGUCUCCAUCUCUCCGACCUUGGCCUCUCCGGAACUAUAGACAUCAACGCUCUCGCAGAGAUUCGUGGCCUCAGAACACUCAGUUUCGUCAACAACUCAUUCUCCGGCCCAAUGCCGGAGUUCAGCAAACUCGGCACCAUCAAGUCUCUUCUCCUCGCGCAAAACCAAUUCUCCGGCCCUAUUCCGCCGGAUUUUUUCUCUCAUUUAGCCUCCUUGAAAAAAAUCUGGCUCACCAAUAACAAAUUCACCGGCAACAUUCCGGGUUCUUUAACCCAACUCGUCCUCCUCAAAGAGCUUCACCUCGAAGGAAACCAGUUCUCCGGCCAGUUACCGAAUCUCAAACAAGAUAUCAAAUCAUUCGACGUUUCGAAUAACAAGUUAGAAGGUCCUAUUCCUGAAGGCCUGUCCAAAUUCAGUGCAGCUUCGUUUUCCGGAAAUGAAGGUCUCUGUGGAAAACCUUUGGAAAAACAAUGUGAAGCUUUGGCUUCCUCCGACGAGUAUUCGCUACCAGAUAGCCCACCAGAAAACGCUUCUGAAUCCGAUUUGGUGUUUAAAGUGAUAAUGAUUCUGAUAGUGGCAGUUAUAGCAGCGGUUAUAUUUAUGUUUCUGAAAUCUCGACAACGAAGACGCGACGAAGAUUUCAGCGUCGUGAGCGGAGACUCCCGCCGAGGCUCCAGCACCGAAGACGUUAUGCAAGUGCACGUGCCGAUAAGCCGAUCUUCGUCCGCAUCAGAGAGAGUCGGGAGAAGGAACGUGGGAGAGUCGGCGAAAAGAGGAGGAAUGGCGGGUGGGAAUAGAAUUGGGCUAGGUGAUCUUGUAAUGGUGAAUGAUGAGAAGGGUUCAUUUGGUUUACAGGAUCUGAUGAAAGCUGCUGCUGAGGUAUUGGGGAACGGCGGAUUGGGAUCGGCUUAUAAAGCUGCAAUGGCGAACGGGUUGAGCGUGGUUGUGAAAAGGGUGAGGGAGAUGAAUAAAAUCGGUAAAGACGUGUUCGAUGCUGAGAUGAGACAGUUUGGGAGGAUUCGACAUGCUAAUAUUUUGACUCCUUUGGCUUAUCAUUAUAGGCGCGAAGAAAAGCUUUUCGUUACCGAGUAUAUGCCUAAAGGAAGCUUGUUAUACGUCUUGCAUGGUGACAGAGGAUCAUCUCAUGCCGACUUAACUUGGCCUAUCCGAUUAAAGAUCGCUAAAGGAAUUGCGAGAGGUUUAAGCUUCCUUUACUCCGAGUUUUGCACCUACGAUUUGCCUCAUGGAAACCUGAAAUCAAGCAAUGUUCUAAUAUCUGAUGAAUAUGAGCCUCUGUUAAGUGAUUAUGCUUUUCAACCACUAAUCAACCCAAGCAUUGCAGUGCAAUCAAUGUUUGCGUACAAAACACCCGAUUACGUUCAAAACCAGAAGCUUUCGCAGAAAGCUGAUGUUUAUUGCCUUGGAAUCAUCCUUCUUGAACUCAUAACAGGGAAAUUCCCUUCUCAGUAUCAUAGUAAUGGUAAAGGCGGUACGGACGUUGUUCAAUGGGUUCUCACGGCGAUUUCUGACAGACGAGAAGCUGAAUUGAUUGAUCCUGAGUUACAAAAGAAUGCAUCAAAUUCAAUGAAUAAUAUGCUCCAACUUCUCUUAAUUGGAGCUGCUUGUACCGAAAGUAACCCUGAACAAAGAGUACAUAUGAAAGAAGCUAUUAGAAGGAUAGAGGACAUACAACUCUAAAGGUUAAGUAAAAAAGAUAACUUAAAAGUUAAAAAUUGUAGGUGAAAAUUACAGAGAAAAUGGAAAUAUUACCUAUACUGGUGUAUCGACACGAUACUUAUCAAUGUCAUGUCUAUUGCCUGUCUUUGAUAGAUACAAAAGAAGAGAGAAAGAAAGAAAAAAGUUGAAAAGGUGAAAGAUUGGAAUUUGAUAACCUCAUGAAGCAAUGUGGUUUAUGAAAAGGGUCUAAAAUAGAUGUGAAGUCAUAUUUCAAGAGGAGCUGAAACUUUCCUUCUGAAAAUCAAGUUUAUGCUUAACUAUUAUAUUGGCCCUUGCAAAAUUUGUGCAAUAAAAAACAUUUUAGGACAGCAUUACUGAAGUUUGUAAAAAAUAUUUUAGGAUUUUUUUUCCUUUUUAGUUUUUCUUGUUAUGUAUAUUUUUUAUAUAUGUAUUUUAUUUUCCUUUUUAGUUACUCAAGAUUUGGUUCUGUGUGUAAUUGUACUCUUACUCUCACUCUUCCAUUGAAUUGUUCUUGUGCA